AUGGCGGACUAUCACUUCGUGUACAAGGACGUGGAGGGGAGGAGCACAGAGUGGGACGACAUCCAGCGCCGCCUUGGGAACCUGCCUCCGAAGCCGGAGCCCUUCAAGCCGCCGCCCUUCGCCCCCAAGGUCGACGCCGACAGGCAGCCCAAGUCAAAGGAAUGGCUCGACGAGCGCGAGCCCGAAGAGCUCGAGGAACUCGAGGACGACCUGGACGACGACCGCUUCCUCGAGCAGUACAGGAAGAUGAGGCUCGCAGAGCUGAGGGAGGCAGCAAAAGCCGCGCGAUUUGGUAGUAUAGUUCCCAUCACUGGCUCGGACUUCGUGCGGGAGGUGUCUCAGGCACCAUCAGAUGUUUGGGUUGCGGUCUUCCUCUACAAGGAUGGGAUACCUGAAUGUGGAUUGCUUCAGAAUUGUUUGGAGGAAUUGGCUACAAGAUACCCAGCGACAAAGUUUGUUAAAAUUAUCUCCACAGACUGCAUCCCCAACUACCCAGAUAGGAAUGUUCCUACAAUACUGGUGUAUAACAACAGUGCUGUCAAAGGGACUUAUGUUGGUUUGCAGAAGUUUGGUGGAAAUAGAUGCACACCUGAAUCUGUUGCGUUAGCCCUUUGCCAGUCAGACCCGGUACUGAAUGAUGGGCAUGGUGGCAGCGAUUCAUCUCGGGACAAUGUCAUCGAAGGUGUUCGCAGGAAGUUCAUAGAGAAGGUUGUGGCCCAGCAUGAAGAGCGGGAAGAAGAGGAUAGUGACUAA